CCUCGAUCCUACUUUCCAUCCACAUCUCCCUCCGCCUCACAAUAGUUAUUCACAUCAGCUUCAUAUCGCUCCACAAUGUCGGAGUACAUAGGAGCUCGCAUUACCCUCAUCUCCAAAAGCGAUAUCCGCUAUUCUGGUGUUCUUCAUGAAAUCAAUUCGGAGAGCUCAACUGUCGCGCUCGAAAAUGUCAAGUCCUUCGGUACCGAAGGUCGCCGUGGAAACGAGGACGAGAUUCCACCUUCAGACAAUGUCUACGAAUACAUUGUAUUCCGUGGUAGCGAUGUGAAGGACCUUAGGAUUGACGAGGCUCCCAAAGAGACGAAACCUCCACCGCCUCAAGUCCCGAAUGACCCUGCCAUAUUAAAUGCCGCUCGCCCAUCUACCUCCCAACACAAUCAGCAAAAUCAGAGCCAGCGUCAGCAACCACCUCAGGAUUUUGGGCCUGGAUCUGGAGGACAAUACCCGCCACAAUGGGGCCAAUACCCACCACCAUAUGGUGGCAGAGGGUUUGGUCCCCAAGGUGGAUUUCCGGGUGGUCCUGCGGGAGUUCCAGGCCCCCCUGGCUUUAAUGGGUACAAUGGGUACCCGCAAAUGCCUCCAUAUGGACCACCGCAUGGCUGGCCUGGUCCCCCUAGCCAAGGCUUUCGUGGCCAAGGCCUAUUUCCGCCUAGUCCUAUGCCUCCUAACAACCAGCAAGGCCCGCCAGAUCAGCAACCUCCGCAAGGUCCGAAGGGCACACAAGCUCUUGCUGGAGCAUCCACGGAAAAGGACGACAAAUCUAAUGCUGCGGAGGUAGAUGCUGCUCCCAAACAAAAGGAUAGCCAGUCCACGGAGCGUUCAACCACCGCUCCUGAUCCUGCAGCCCACAAAGCGCAAGCCCCUACUCCGCCCGUCGAAUCGAAACCUGAUGUGGCUGCUGCUCUCGCUGCCCCCAAAGUCAAUGCUGGUGCUGCUACAAAGACUGCACCGACCGCUCUCAAAAAAGCCCCAGUGGGUCCAAAAAGCGCGCGUAUCAUACCCGCCGUCCCAUUGACAAGCCCCAAUCCAAAAGCAGCGGCACAAAUUGCUGUACAGGCUCCGAAAACCACAGUUCCGCCCACUCCGGCCCAAGGAAAACCUGGAAACUCUCAGCAAUUUCAAAACGCGACUCAAGCAGCUACCGCUGCUGUAGCUGCUGCAAUGGCUAAAUUACCAAAGCCAGGGCAGCCUAAGGCAGAAGCUGAUACAGCAGCUAUCGACAAUCUUGCACGAAAGGUUGCAGAUAUGCGUGCUGAUGACAAGAUACGUCAUUCGCGGCAACCGGGUACAGGUGGCUUUGUCACCGGACGAGGCCGUGGGCGAGGUCGGGGCGGCCACCAAAGCCAACCUGUUGCAAAGGUAGAAGUGCCGACAACAGAUUUCGACUUUGAGACUUCCAAUGCCAAAUUCAACAAACUAGAUCUUGUUAAAGAAGCAAUCGCCGGUGGCUCUCCCAUGGGUGAAAACAUUCCUGGUAAAAAUCUCGACGAACCAGAUCGAGGCCUCAAUGAGCCAAGCAAUGAUUCUGACGUGGUGAUACCUUCGGCUACAACUGCCACAUAUAACAAGUCUACUUCAUUCUUCGAUAAUAUAUCCUCUGAACAUCGCGAUCGCGAAGAAGCCAAGGACCAAAGAUUCGGCGGCUCAGAGUUCCGCAGUGAAGAACGAAAGAAAAACCUCGAGACUUUCGGCCAAGGCAGUGUUGAUGGUUACCGUGGUGGCUAUCGUGGACGUGGACGUGGUAGAGGGUAUAGAGGUCGUGGUGCCCCAAGGGGACGAGGACGUGGAUUCCCUCAAGGCGGUGCGUCAGCUGAAGCUGGAACCGCAUGAUCGGCGGAAUAUUUGCAACUGUAAUAUUGGAGGCAAUAUUGGUGGACAAGGGGGUUCAAAUGAUAUAAGAGGAGUGAUUACCGAAAUGUUAGCGGAGUUCACAUGACGACUACGGAGCAACGCUUAUGGGGUUUGGCCAAAUUCUGGAGUUUUUACGAGUACCACACGCCGCACUGCACGAAACAGCGUUAGCGAUCAUACACACAUGCGCCCGCCGGUCAAAAAGUCGCAUUUGAAGGGCAUCUUUAUUAGACGUCGUUUCGCCGAGGCCGGGAUUCGAGAUUGGGUCUCCCAAUACCCUAUUCCUUGAUUUUGUACACAUAGCUUCACAUAUUCAAUGCCGUCGCUGGCAUUCCCAACACCUAAAAUCUAAACAAUCGUCAAGUUUACGAAAAUACGGUUAU